ACACCAUCAGCCUCCCUCUUUCUGUAAAUGCACCCUCUACUGUUCUCCUAGUGGACAGUGUUUCCUUUGCCAUAGCUGUGUGCAGGCCUUCAUUCUCAAUGAGAGCAAAGACAGAGGGUGACUGAGAGUGAGAGGAGGAGAAUGGAGAGCAUAAACCUGGAUAGGAAACACGACUGAGACACCAAGCUGGGUCUUACCCGCACCUCCUGGACCACUGACUCCCUGACACAGAUCUUUAGCUUGUUUGGUGAUAAAGAGUGGAGGAACCAUGGGACCCGGAACAUGGAGCCUAUUUAUUCUGCUUGGUCUGUCUUUCUGGAGCAACAGCCAAGCCCUCACUAAGAACCCAAUCUUCUCCCGGAUACGAAGGGCUCCAGAGGCCACCGGAGAAGGCAAGAAGUGCUCCUACACCUUCCUGGUCCCUGAGCAGAAGAUCACAGGACCCAUCUGUGCCGCCCGCGGUUAUUCAACUGACAAGGACCGAGUGACACGUCUGGAUGUAGCUGCGGUGCGUGACCUCCUGUCAAAGCAGCGUCGAGAGGUGGAGACUUUGAAGCUUGUGGUGGAUGUGGACGGCAAUUUGGUGAAUGAGAUGAAGCUGUUGAGGAAAGAGAGCAGGAACAUGAACUCCAGAGUGACCCAGCUCUACAUGCAGCUUCUGCAUGAGAUCAUCAGGAAGAGGGACAACUCACUGGAGCUGGCACAGCUGGAGACACGCAUCCUCAAUGCCACCUCAGAGUCACUCCGCUUGACCUCCAGGUACAGGGAACUGGAGGCCAAAUACGCAGCUCUGUCUGCAGUAGUGAACAACCAGUCAGUGCUGAUUGGGGCACUGGAGGAACGUUGUAUGCAGGUGUACAGCCGCAGGCAUGAGCAGUCACCCCUGGGACCUCCACUUGUGCAGGUGGUGCCUGAGAACAUUCCUGUUAAUGUGCCACGUUUCACCAAUGAGAUCCAAAGGGACAACACCCGAGGGUUUCCAAGAGAAAGAGGCUCUCGCUCUGGGCCGUCACCCACAAGUGGCACCCUGGAAGUUCAGAAACCUCCACAGAGAAACUUCAGUGCUGAAGGCCCGUUUAGAGACUGUCUCGAGGCGCAGGAAGCUGGCCAUAGCAUCAGCGGCAUGUACCUGAUCAAACCAGACGAAGCAGAGAGGCCAGUGCAGGCCUGGUGUGAACAGGAUAUAGACAACGGGGGCUGGACCGUGAUCCAGAGCAGGAGAGACGGAUCCGUGAACUUCUUUAGGAACUGGGAUAACUACAAGAGCGGCUUUGGCAACAUAGAUGGAGAACAUUGGCUUGGUCUGGAAGGCAUCUACAACCUGGGGAGGCAGGGGGACUACAAGCUGCUGGUGGAGCUGGAGGACUGGAUGAACAAAAAGGUCUACGCUCAGUACAGCAGCUUCCAUCUAGAGCCUGAGAGCGAGGGUUUCCGCCUGCGCUUGGGCACCUACCAGGGCAACGCUGGGGACUCCCUGAGCAGUCACAACGGCAAACAGUUCACUACCCUGGAUCGAGAUAAGGAUGCCUUCUCAGGUAACUGUGCCCAUUUCCAUAAAGGAGGCUGGUGGUACAACGCUUGUGGCCAAGCCAAUCUUAACGGUGUCUGGUACACCGGAGGCGUCUACCGGAGCAAAUUCCAGGAUGGUAUCUUCUGGGCCGACUAUGGCGGAGGCUUCUACUCCAUGAAGUCGGUCCGUAUGAUGAUCAGGCCCAUAGACUGAGGAGCUACUGUAAGCUGGGCUGGUCCAGGGGUAGCUACAAACACCAGGGCAAACUUGAAUCUCAUUCUAUAUUGUGACUAUGCAUGUCAUCAGAAACUGGUUGAUUCUAGAUAAAAGAAUGACACCAAUGGAGAUUAAAAACCAUCAAUAGUGACUUGAACUGCCUCCCAUAACAGACAUGGACUCUGCGUGAACAUUGUUCACUUUGUAUCAUGUUAGAUGCACACAGAGAGAUAUAGGGGAUAUUACUAUUUAUAGUAAGCCAUACAGACACAAAUACAUAUGAUGGUGAAGCUAAAUUAAGAAUAAUUGUCUGUCUGAUUAAGAGACCACAGUGUUUUCCUCAUUACUAGGUCACCUCAUGGAGAGGAGGCGCCACAUCCUAACUUCACUGGUAUUGAUUUCAUUCAUAAGCUUUAGAGUCACAGGAUCUAAAUGCAGCUCUUCCUACCUCGCCAAGAUAAACGUGUGGGGGAAACAUUCAUAUAUGGUAUUUAACUUGUGCUAUAGUUGCUGGGAGCUGGAAAAUACAUUUUGUUAAAACCUGUACAAAUUUAUUCAGACUCUGCACCACUUGCACAUCUGAAAAGACCAACACCUUAAGGAGGUGGAGAAAGGAAGGUGAUUUAAAUACAUGUUUUAUGUACACUUGACUACACAAAACAAACAGUACAGAUUUUAAUUUUUCUCCAUACACUUAAGAUUACCUUUAAACUAUAUGUUCAACUACUUUGCCCAAGUGCAGAUGAACAGAAACGAUAAUUUAUGUGUACAAUUAACUUAUCAUAACAGUGAAAAGGGCCAGGUGUCCUGAUGGAACAGGAAAUAAUCCUACAGAAAAUAGAACUAAUAUCCUCCACUGUAUAUAUGACAAUCAUUCUUAAAGUGUGCUUGCACGUAUGGAAAUUGCUGUUAUAUGUUUUUGUCAUUUGGCUGUUGAUUAAAUUUCAGUAUGACUUGGAAAAACAAGCAUUUUACGGAGGGGGAAAAAAAGAAUUACGUCCUGUUUUGAGUGGUUUUCGAGCACGAAAAAUAUGCCGACCAAGCGUUGAGAGUUCUAGGCAACGAGAAACACAUUGCCAAAAACCAGACAGGAUGGAGAAAGAAAAAGAGAGGAGGGAGGAGGGAGAGGAGGGGAUGAACUGGGAUGGAUUCAAUCCAAAUUUCCAAGUUAUCCCCCCUGUCCUUUUUAAAAACAGAAAAAUUUACAUUCUUUCCACACUAAAGUGCUUGAAUGGUAUGUUUUCGAAAAAUAUCUUUCAUUGACAAAGUCAUGGGUGCCUGCACUCUGUAAUCACCGGUAUGGAAGGAAAGCGGCAUCCUUUUGGGGAAACUAUCCCAGAGGAAAGGGGAGCCGGGGGUUUUGAAGUGGUGGGUUUGCUUUGCUUUGAACAGCACUGCAUCCAAAAGUCUCUGGUCUCUGAACCCAAAAUAGACUCUCAUAUUGUGUUGUUUUUCGUAUUGACCACAAUGACCCUCACACCCAUCUCUUUAACAAACUUUUAUAAAGCAGCAAAACACGGUCAAACCCAGCUGGACAUGGAAACAUCUUUAUGAACAUGUAAAAAAUGUGGCAUCUAAUAAAAACGGCAUUAUAAUGUUAAAAUUAAACAGCAAUAAAAGCUGAAACCAAUGAGUCACAAUACUUGGCAGAACAAUGUUACACAACUAACAGUCAAUAAAUGAAGAACAUUUAAGGUCACAUCAAGAGACAGUCUUGUUCAUUCAGAUUCAAAGGAACUUCUUUCAUGUCCCAUUGAUUUAUACUAUUAACCAAGUCGUAAUUAGUGCAUGACUUGUUAAUUUUUUUUGUUUCAAAUGUAUCUUGUGGGCAUGAGUCAUGCAGAUGAAAUGUUUUUGUGACUAAUUCAAACAGACACUAUACUACUUAACGGAUGCCAAGGGAUGUUUUCCCGACUUUAAUUAUCAAGCAUACUUGCAUUUAACAAUAAGAGUUAUCUCAAAUGUGCAGGGCUGUGUGUACUUUGUGUAGGCAAAAGUUGUGAGGAGACAGAUGAACAAUACGCUGAGACAUCUUGUUUCAAGUGGUGACACAUUUCUGUGGAUGACUAGGUGAGGGCAUGUCAUCAAUUCAAGUCUGGCUCACAACCUAAACUACACUGUCUAUUCUUUUUGUUUGACUGUCCAACAAAGCACAAUGAAAACCUUUAUACCUUAAA